GAGGAACCGGAAAUUACGUAACUUUUAUCGACGAUGCAUACGGUAUAUAGCUGCACGCGUGCGCUAGACUGACGAAACUGGUACAGGUCUUGGAGUCAGAGUCAGAGGCUCAUGCUCUGGUCUGGUGCCAUAGGCUUGCAUGUACCGGAAUGCAGACGGUGGCUAAUGGCCAAGAGUGAACUACAUUAUACCUUAUGGCUGAAUCGUGACGUUCAGGAUAUAAAUCAUUUGAGGAAGAAAGGUAUGGCUACCUAUAUCAUCAAAGAAGCAGAUCCUCUGGCUCUGAGAAAGUAUUAGUGAGAGGAGCAGAGCUGACCCCACCAGGCAACAGAGUACCGUCUUCAUUUACAUGUAGUUCAUUCAACUUUGGUCACUUAGAGAGAAGAGCAUUGCCAGGUGUGGCAAUGGCUGACCAAGCAAAGCAGCAGGACCAACCCCAAGGGCUUACCUGUCCUCUUUGUCUUAGUGACUUCAAGAACCCAACCCUUUUAAGAUGCGGACAUACAUUCUGUAAGGUCUGUCUGGAGGAUUAUGAUGAGCAACAGUAUGGUAGAAAUUACAUGGAGUGCCCCGUGUGUAGAAAACGCACAAAGCUAGAGAGAGACAGGAUUGCAGGACUCUCGCCUAACUUUUCACUCAAGGGUCUCCAGGAUGAGCUUAAGUUUGGUAAGGAUGUCCAUUGUCCACUUCAUAGGAGAGAGGAUAAGAAUAUAUUUUGUGAACUCUGUGAGGAUUUCAUUUGUAUCACUUGCUUUAUAGAAACCCAUCAAGGACACAAAAUAAAAUCAAAAGUGGAAUUAGGAGAAGAAUUGAAAAAGCAGAGAUUGGCUAUUAUUAAAGAAAGCGAAGCUGGGAAAACUAAACUUGAUAAGAUAUGCAUUGAAUCAACACAACAAAGGAAAGAAAUCCAGUGCUAUAUAAAGAAAAUAAAGAAAAAAAUAGAGGAUGCAUUUGCCAAAAAAUAUACCACUCUGAAAGAAAAUGAAAAUAACUUAAUCAAACGGGUCAAUGUGAUCAGCGACACAUGUGAUGAGCCAAUAUUAAGGAGCCAAUUUGAUCAUUUAGAUUUAAUGGCUGAAAUUGACGCUUCAGUUACUAUCUUGAAAUGCCAUGAAUCACUGCAUUUGCAAAACCAUGUUCUGAAAGAACAUUAUCAGCAUUGCAUUACUCUUGAAAACACUCUCAAGAAGAUCAAGAAUUUCAAUGAGGUCAAACAGCAAUACAUGUCCCAAGUACAAGUUGCAAUGAACACAAAGUUUUAUCCUGCUCAGGAUACACUACUUGAUGUAGGUCAUAUCAAGGUAGGAGAUGUUCAGCCAGAAAAGACAUCUCCGUUGGGUUCACCAGGCGACAAAGAACAGGCCGAUAAAAGAAAUUCAAAUAUCAGUGAUUCAUCAAAGAAACAUACACCUGACAUGCUACAAGAGGGAAAGGCAGAAGAAAGAAGUCAAGAAGUGAAGAAAACUGCCUCAGUGACUGAGAAUCCCCCAGGAGAUGAGGAGAAAGGACUGAAGGUCAAAACAAAGAGUGGAAAAAGGGUAACUGAGGAAAAUUCUGUGCCCUCUCAGGAAAGCACACUGCCUGGAGCAAAGUCUGCACCUAGAAGCAGUCAGGGAAAAAGGAAUACUGCAAUUAAAGACAUACAAGAGCUAUCACAAGUUAAUCAUGUGCCUACUCUUGUUGACACGAUACCAGGACCAAAUACUGGAAAAAGAAGCUGUCAACAGGUAAAGACAACUGCACCAGAGAAUUCCCCAGGAGGUAAGGGGAAAGGAGGAAAGGUCAAAACAAAGAAUGGAAGAAAGAUAAAUGAGAAUGCUUUGCCUUCCAAUUCAAACAUGCUACCAGGGUCUGUAGGAGGAAUGGCAGUAAAAAGAAGCAGUCAAGAUUUGAGGAAAACUGCCCCAGGAACUACAAAUUCCUCAGAAGACAAAGAGAAAAGAAAGAGUAAAUUGAGUAAGAAGCAAGAAAACAGUGCUGCUACAUGUACAUGUAAUCCUGCGACUACCCUUGCCAGCACACUACCUGGAGGGAAGUCAGUAGCUAGUAUCAGUCAGCUAAACUUCACGCCUGAAAAUGUAAAGUCUCCAGGCUGGAACGGGAAUGAAGGAAAAGCCAAGUUGAAGAAUGGACAGGCAAUCAAUAAGGGUAAUCCUUUGUCUACCCUUCCUGAUGAUGCUUCUGAAAAUACUCCAUCAACUAGUAGCAGUGACCCGUCAACGACAUUCACUGCGGCAAAAAUCAGCUCUGGUAAGAUUCAACCUUGUACCAGAGGUAAAGCAGGUGCAGAGCCAUCAACGAUCAAGAAGAAUUCACUUACCAUUGUAAAAGAAGUUGAAUCAGGUGGGCAUAUCUAUGGGUUGGGAGCUCUGUCUUCUUGUUCAGUUGUUGUAGGUCAUGGUUGUCUUACGCCGAGUCCCGAGUGUAUUUCUUUGUCAGGUGAGAGGAAACCUCAUCUAAAUCUAAGGGAAGCAGGUGGCAUUGCUUGCCUUGCCAAUGGUAAAAUAGCAGUAUCGAGUCGUGAUUAUUCAUAUCAUAUUUACAAUGCUGAAGGCUCACUGGAUAAUUCAUAUUGCAUUCCAAGGCUUGUCUUUUUGUCUUAUCCCAGACUAUGUAGUGAUCAGCAUGGUGAUAUCUAUGUUGCCACUGGUAACUCAAAGAUUUAUAUUUUCAAUAGCAGCGAUCCUUUUCCCCAUACCUUCAUCCAAACUGGGAAAGUUAAAGCAAGACACGUGUCUGUCGCCAAGACCGGUGCCAUUAUCAUCUGUGGAAGCUUAAAACGCAAGACGCUGCAUCCGCUACAAUCAGUCACUGUAUACAACAGAGAAGGUCAUACUGGUAGCUCAAUCAAGUCCAAUAAUAUGAUGAUUGAACACAUGUAUGCUGCGGUAGAUAGUCAAGAUCGAGUAAUAGUAGCUAGGAUGAAAGACAGAAGUAAUACCAUCAGACUGACUAGAUACACACUUCAAGAGCUAACACUCUUCAAAGAAGUUACAUUCAAAUCACUCACACUACCAUUUCUUGUAGAGAGCUACAUGCACCGUGGUAGCUAUGAUAGUUCUUGCAUGGUCAGCCUCUCUCCUACUAUGAUUGUGUUUUCUUACUCGCAUCGCUUGUAUUUCAUAGAGCUUCCUCAGUAGAUUCCACCAAAGCUCCUGCAUUCCCUCUGAGAAGACACUAUUGUAGCGAUUGAAUAUCUUCUGUUCUGAGAACAUCAAGAGCAGCUCAGUGUUAGUGUGUUACAGCAAUGUAUUGUGUUGAAUAGAGAAAUUACUGAUUCCUGAUGCAUUCUGAUGAAGAUAUUGCUUCGUGAACGCCACAUCCUACGCAGUCACAAGAUCUAGUUUUCUUCAUUAGCAUUUGUAUGAAUGUUAAACCAGGCAAACUCUUGUUAAUGACAUACAGAAUGAAAAGAUUUCAUCAUCUGCAUUAUAUUGUGAAAGUAGAACUUGAGGUGACUUUGAGUGAUUAUAAUGCAUUCAUCUUCUUUGGCUUCUACAGUAAUUCUGGCUUUAUGUCGUAGAACACCGGCGGAUCCAGGAUUUCGUAAUUGAACAGGGUGGGAAAGAUAGUUGAUAGAUUUUGCUCCACAGAAUUGGUUACAAGGGAAAAGGAUAAGUUUUCUCAUGACCAAAAGGAUCCAAAUUGUCAGUAUGAACACUUUGACAAGCAAAAACCAAAAAUUCAAGAGAGUAUGAAAGGAGAAUGCCAUACAAUUAAAAGUAAUGCAAAUUAGCAGGUGGUAUUACAUGACUGUACUUAGAAUAGUAAAACUGCGAGUCUGUGCUUUGAUAGUGAUUCAAUUUAUGCAUUUGCAUUAAAAGUUUUUUUUUAAGUUUCAAUAUUAAAAGAUUCAUGCAAUGUGUUCAAAGUAGGUUAAUUAAAAAAAUGUAAUAUAUUAUAAAGCAAGCAAGUGAAACAAGUGAAGAUUCCCAUGACAUUUUCUGAACAAUGAUGUUCUCUGAUGGAAUGCUACUAUUAAAGAUGUUCUUUGCAAAGAUAUGCUCUUUAUUUGAUACUGAAUUUAAAGUUUUCAGGAAAAGAUAUUGAACGUUACAUUCAGUUUCUUCUGGUACACCCAGUAUCUUAAGUUAAAACAGAAGUUAAUGAGGCUUCAUCAAUGCAUAAUUUCUUAGCAGGUAUUAGUGAGAAAUUUGAUAAUAGAUAUUGAAGAUAUUACAUGUUCAUGUACAACAACAACUACUACUUACUGUAUGCUAUGUUAAAUUGAAGGUGUUCUGCUUUGCUAGAUAAUUUAAGUGUUUAAUGUUGUACUAUGCUAUUCAAAAUUUAUCCGAACUGUUAUUGAAGGUGUUACAUGUUAUUAAUUAUUGAUAUUGAAGGUGUUGCAUGUAACACUAUGCUAACUGAUAUUGAAGGUGUUACAUGUGACACUAUGCUAACUAAUAUUGAAGGUGUUACAUGUGACACUAUGCUAACUGAUAUUGAAGGUGUUGCAUGUAACACUAUGCUAACUGAUAUUGAAGGUGUUACAUGUGGCACUAUGCUAACUGAUAUUGAAGUUGUUACAUGUAACACUAUGCUAACUGAUAUUGAAGGUGUUACAUGUGACACUAUGCUAACUGAUAUUGAAGGUGUUGCAUGUAACACUAUGCUAACUGAUAUUGAAGGUGUUACAUGUGGCACUAUGCUAACUGAUAUUGAAGGUGUUACAUGUGGCACUAUGCUAAUUGAUAUUGAAGUUGUUACAUGUAACACUAUGCUAACUGAUAUUGAAGGUGUUACAUGUGACACUAUGCUAACUGAUAUUGAAGGUGUUGCAUGUAACACUAUGCUAACUGAUAUUGAAGGUGUUACAUGUGGCACUAUGCUAACUGAUAUUGAAGGUGUUACAUGUGGCACUAUGCUAAUUGAUAUUGAAGGUGUUGCAUGUAACACUAUGCUAACUGAUAUUGAAGGUGUUGCAUGUAACACUAUGCUAACUGAUAUUGAAGGUGUUACAUGUAACACUAUGCUAACUGAUAUUGAAGUUGUUACAUGUGACACUAUGCUACUGAUAUUGAAGGUGUUGCACGUAACACUAUGCUAACUGAUAUUGAAGGUGUUGCAUGUAACACUAUCAGGAUUAACUGAUAUUGAAGGUGUUGCAUGUAACACUAUGCUAACUGAUAUUGAAGGUGUUACAUGUAACACUAUGCUAACUGAUAUUGAAGGUGUUACAUGUAACACUAUGCUAACUGAUAUUGAAGGUGUUACAUACAUGUGACACUAUGCUACUGAUAUUGAAGGUGUUGCAUGUAACACUAUGCUAACUGAUAUUGAAGGUGUUGCAUGUAACACUAUGCUAACUGAUAUUGAAGGUGUUACAUGUGACACUAUGCUAACUGAUAUUGAAGGUGUUGCAUGUAACACUAUGCUAACUGAUAUUGAAGGUGUUACAUGUGACACUAUGCUAACUGAUAUUGAAGGUGUUACAUGUAACACUAUGCUAACUGAUAUUGAAGGUGUUACAUGUGACACUAUGCUAACUGAUAUUGAAGGUGUUACAUGUAACACUAUGCUAACUGAUAUUGAAGGUGUUACAUGUGACACUUAGCCAGCUGAUAUUGAAGGUGUUUCAGGUUAUUCCUUAAACUUCCUAUUAAAGUGAUAUUGAUUCUGUUUCACAUAACAGUGCACAUAAAUUCAUGUACAUGUAUGCAACCAACCAUUUUUUUAGAUGUAAUACACGUGUGACUAUGUUACUGUGUGUGAAAUAACAUAAUGCGAACUGAUAAUAAAUGUGUUGGUGUUACAUACUUUGCUUACUGAUAUUGAAGGUGUUGCACAAUGCUAUGAACUGAAAAUGAAGUAGGGAAAGGGAGCCAUUUUAAUAAAGAAAAUGUAAAUUCUCAUCCAUCCAGUGACUACAUUAUAACUGCUAGCACAUGUUCAUGUACAUACUUUAAUCUGUUAUCAUGGAGAUUCAUUUGUCAAAGGGAAUUAUUCUAUCAUAUUGAGCUUUUAAGAAGUCAUAUUUGAAAAGAGUUGUUAGAUAUUUGUAAUCUUACAAUUAUUUCUAGCAUGUGCCAAAUUCAUGUAGAUAAGAUAUUUUAUACAGUACCAUUGUACUUUUAUUACUGCUCUGUGGUAUCCUAACUUUUAAUCAUCUCAGGGGAAUCAUAUGAUGCAAAUGUCCUCGGUUUACUUUCAACCACUCAUUUGUGCAUUCAUUAAUUACAAAAUACAAUCCUUGGUAGAGUGGGAUUUCUAGAAGUUGAUGGAUAAUUUAAGUUUUUUUUUCUAAAGCACGCAAGAUAUGCAUUUAAUAAAUGCAUUUUAAAUACCCAGAACAUUUUAGAUUGUACAGUACUUACUAUCAAAUCCAUUUGUGAAUGCAGUCUUUGCCUUCCCAAACUGAUUGUUUUUAUGGUCAUUACUGUUAUUGUUAUUUCUUGCCAUGACUGCAUUACUUUGUUAUUGAGCUUCAUGAAAUAGUACUAUUGAGCUGAAACUAAAAAUGUUACUCAACAUGAUUGUUCAAAAGUUUACAGUGUAUGUAGGAGCAAGCCCACAUCAAGUUGCAUUUCCAUUGGUGUAUCAUGUAUAUUUUAGUUGUAGUCAUAGUUGUAGUCAUAGUUAUAGUCGUAUUCUAUAAUAAAGAUAAUACAUGUAUGUACUGCUUAUACGGCGCUCUCCCCCAUAAGGCCCAAAGCGCUUACAGUGAAAAUAAUUGUUAAAAAUUAUAUAAUGCUAAAGCUAUAAAACUACAAACUAUGAAAGAGAUUGGGUUGUUAGACCUUUUUGAUAAUUGCUAUUGAUGGAGACUCUUAUUAUAACAGCCAAACCAUUCAGUAUUUUAAGCUGGCUAACAAAUGAUUUUCACUUCUACUGUUUCUGUUGCAUCUACUUCUAUUAGUACUCCUACUGCUACAGUGCUGCUGCUGCUACUACUACUACAACUAUUACUUUUACUACUAUUAAUUAUGGUACUAUUAGUUGUAGUAGAAGUAGUAGUAGUAGAGGUACAUGUAGUAGUAGUAUAGUAGUAGUAGUAGAAGUACUUAGUGUAGUAGUAGUAGUACUAGUAGAAGUAAUGUAGUAGUAGUAGUGUAGUAGUAGUAGUAGUAGUGUAGUAGUAGUAGAAGUAGUGUAGUAGUAGUAGUGUAGUAGUAGUAGUAGUAGUAGUAGUAGUAGUAGUAGUAGUAGUAGUAGUAGUAGUAGUAGUAGUAGUAGUAGUAGUAGUAGAAGUAGUGUAGUAGUAGUAGUAGCAGUAGUGUAGUAGUAGUAGAAGUAGUGUAGUAGUAGUGUAGUAGUAGUAGUAGUAGUAGUAGUAGUAGUAGUAGUAGUAGUAGUAGAAGUAGUGUAGUAGUAAGUAGUAGUAGUAGUAGUAAUGUAGUAGUAGUAAUAGAAGUAGUGUAGUAGUAAGUAGUAGUAGUAGUGUAGUAGUGUAGUAGUAGUGUAGUAGUAGUAGUAGUAGAAGUAGUGUAGUAGUAGUAGUAGUAGUAGUAGUAGUAGUAGUAAGAAGUAGUAGUAGAAGUAGUGUAGUAGUAGUAGUGUAGUAGUAGUAGUAGUAGUAGUAGUUGUAGCAGCAGCAGUAAUAGUUGUAGUAGUAGCAACAGGAGUCGUACUAAUAGAAGUGGAAGUAACAGUAGAAGGGAAAUUCUUUUGUUCUUCAGUAUUCAGUUUCAUCUAUUGAAAUAGUUUUUAAAGCCAUGUUCAGUGUAGUAUGCCAAAGCCAAGGUUAGCAAUUUUGUAAGGCAUUAAAAAAGUCUGAUAUUUUAUUUUGUUUCGAUAUACAGUAUAUUGGUGCAAAUUGUAAGUCCCAACCCCCUGUGAUGUGUGUGUCCCUUUUCCUCCUCUUCCUCUACAUAUUCAUGAUAUUUGUAACAUAAGUAUACAUAUAGGAAGAGGUAUUCAUGGCGAUUGUUCAUACAUUUUUUAUAUGAUUGAAUUGGGGAAAGUUGAACUAUAAUACAUUACUAUUGAAAAUUAUGUAAUAUAUGCACUGCAAUUUACCAGUAGAUUUUCAUAAACCCUUUGCUUGCAUAAACUACUUUCUGUGACCAAUAAGUGCACUAUUGAAAGUUUUCUCUUCACUCUACCAGUGCUGUAUAAACAAAAGUUUCUGUGGUCAAUUGCAAAUUUGAAAGCACAUUAUAAUUGCUUACAAGUCACUAUCGGCCAGAGGUCAGUCGUUUGACGAAUAUAGUGUUGACGCCUUUUGUGAUACACUCUUUAAAAAAAUCAGUCAAAUUGACCAGACCAGUAGUCAGUUUGGUGCAACUGAUAUGUCUAGUCACAUUUCUAGUCAGAAAUAACUAUGUUCUAGUAAAAUAUGACUAAAAUAACAGUUGCACUCAGCUGAUCCCAUUAACUAGUCAUUUCUUUACUGUUUUGUGUUUUUAGAGUGUAGAUCAUAGACCAUGUACAAUGGAGCCUAGGCUAGAUAUUGAAUAAGAAAUGCCAUCAACGGCUUGUGAUCAAUUGGAAAUUUCAAAGCACAAUUGUGAUUGACUAGACUGGUCAGUCUCUUAAACCAAAUAUGGUACAGAAAUGUCCAUUGGCCAUUUUCAUUUGCAAUUGUUCAUUGUAAACCAUGUAUACUUACAAUCAGAAACACAAUCAAAUGUUUUUGUGAUCAAUCGAAAAUUGGUCAGUCUUUGAAAAUAUACUCAUGGAACAGGGCCAAGACCAGACUUAGAAUCAAUAGUUCCAUUAAUAUUACUAAAACUGAGUAAUUAGUGUUUGACAAAAUCCAUUUUUUUUACUUUUUAUAAGUGAUCAGUGUCCAUGAAUAAACAGUUUUAAGUUGGUUCUGUUUUUGUCUCACCUGCAUAGCAGAGUGAGACUAUAGGCGCCGCUUUUCCGACGGCGACGGCGGCGGCGGCGGCGGCGGCGACGGCGGCGGCGACGGCGACGGCGACGGCGGCGUCAACACCAAAUCUUAACCUGAGGUUAAGUUUUUGAAAUGACAGCAUAACUUAGAAAGUAUAUGGACCUAGUUCAUGAAACUUGGCCAUAAGGUUAAUCAAGUAUUACUGAACAUCCUGCCUGAGUUUCAUGUCACAUGACCAAGGUCAAAGGUCAUUUGGGGUCAAUGAACUUAGACCAUGUUGGGGGAAUCAACAUCAAAAUCUUAACCUAAGGUUAAGUUUUUGAAAUGUCAUCAUAACUUAGAAAAUAUAUGGACCUAGUUCAUGAAACUUAUACAUAAGGUUAAUCAAGUAUCACUGAACAUCCUGCAUGAGUUUCACGUCACAUGACCAAGGUCAAAGGUCAUUUAGGGUCAAUGAACUUUGGCCGAAUUGGGGGUAUCUGUUGAAUUACCAUCAUAACUUUGAAAGUUUAUGGAUCUGAUUCAUGAAACUUGGACAUAAUAGUAAUCAAGUAUUACUGAACAUCCUGUGCAAGUUUCAGGUCACAUGAUCAAGGUCAAAGGUCAUUUAGGGUCAAUGAACUUUGGCCAAAUUGGGGUAUUUGUUGAAUUACAGCCAUAAAUUUGAAAGUGUGUUGGUCUAGUUCAUAAAACUUGGACAUAAUAGUAAUCAAGUAUCACUGAACAUCCUGUGCGAGUUUCAGGUCACAUGAUCAAGGUCAAAGGUCAUGUAAGGUCAAAGAACUUUGGCCACGUUGGGGGUAUUUGUUGAAUUGCCAUCAUAUCUCUAUAAGUGUAUUGGUCUAGUUCAUAAAACGUGGAAAUAAGAGUAACCAAGUAUCAAUGAACAUCUUGUGCGAGUUAUAGUAGUUUUCAAAAUCAGCACUGCUGCUAUAUUGAAUCGCGUGAUGCAGGUGAGACGGCCAGAGGCAUUCCACUUGUUAAUACUUUUUUAUCACCAUUUUACUCUGUAAACACCUGUUAAAGUUUAGGGCAUGUCGUGGUAGUGGCCUAUGAAGGGUAGAGCCUACCGGGUAUUUUUUGACAAUAGUGACUUUGUUUCUCUUUAUAUCAAUUAAAUUCAACUGCAUUAAAAGGAA